UUUUAAUCACUCCGCGAACUGCAUCCUCCUCUUCGUGGAAGAGAAUCUUCCUGCAAGGCGGGUGAUUGCUAUUCGUGGAAGACAACUUUUUUUUUUCAAAGUCCAUUUUGCAAUAGCCUCAAACGGCUGGUUAUCCAUAGAUUAAAUGUCAUGUGGACACCUAUGGGAGCCGCAGAGCCGCCUACGGAUCGCACAAAUUUUGCAUUAUUGAGAUUUGAGAAUCUGAGCUUCACAUUGUUUAUCAUUUAUUCCCCCAACAGCAGGGAGUGGAUUUCAAAGAAGAAUGUAAAGCAGAAGACCAGAAACAGCUACAUUUCCGCCACACUCCAAAAAACUUCACCUUUAUAAUUGUUGUCUUCGGUUCUGGCAAACAAUUUCAUCCGAAGAAAUCAAGCCCAAAAUCAGCACAUUUCUUCCGGUUUACUGGGAAUCGUGUAUUCGUGUGAUCUCACCAACUACCAACGCAGAUGGAUGAAGAGAGAAAUGUGUAUACAGUAGAGGAAGCACUUGUUACAAUGGGAUUUGGGAAAUUCCAAGUUCUUGUGCUCCUCUAUGCCGGGAUGGGUUGGAUAUCUGAAGCCAUGGAAAUGAUGCUUCUCUCUUUUGUGGGACCAGCUGUUCACUCUGCUUGGAAUCUUUCUCCUAGUCAAGAGACCUUACUAACUAGCAUGGUUUUCGUUGGCAUGUUGGUUGGCGCCUACUCUUGGGGUAUUGUUUCUGACAACUAUGGUAGGAGGAAUGGGUUUUUCGUAACAGCAAUGAUCACUGCUCUUGCUGGAUUUACAAGUGCCUUUGCGCCAAACAUAACUGUGUUGGUUAUCCUGCGCUGUCUGGUUGGUUUUGGUUUAGGAGGGGGUCCAGUCCUUUUCUCAUGGUUCUUGGAGUUCAUUCCUGCUCCAAGUAGAGGCACCUGGAUGGUUAUUUUUUCAGCUUUCUGGACUAUCGGCACCAUUUUUGAGGCUUCAAUGGCAUGGAUAGUCAUGCCAAGACUGGGUUGGAGAUGGCUACUUGCACUCUCCUGCAUACCAUCAUCUUUGCUUCUUUUGUUCUACACUUUCACGAUCGAGUCUCCAAGGUAUUUAUGUGCAAAAGGGAGACAAGCAGAAGCAUUACAGAUUCUUGAAAAAAUAGCAAGGAUCAAUGGAGCAACACUGCCGCCAGGCAUUCUCGUCUCUAACAAACAAGUGGUGGACGAAGUCACACCAACAGAAGACAAGCAUUUGCUGUCACCUAAAACAGACCAAAGUCUGAAGUCUAAAUGUGUGGAGUGCACCUUAGGAUGGUUUUCUUCACUUGCCAUGCUUCUUUCACCAAGUUUGGCCAGAUCUACUCUUCUUUUAUGGGUGGUUUUCUUUGGAAAUGCAUUUUCAUACUACGGUCUUGUUCUCCUCACAACCCAAUUGAACAGUGGGCACGACAAAUGUUUGCCGUCCCAUUCAAAAUCCAAGAACUCUGAGACUGUUAACUACCGAGACGUUUUCGUCACGAGUUUUGCGGAAAUCCCGGGGCUUAUCCUAUCUGCGGUAAUGAUUGACAGAAUCGGCCGUAAACAUUCGAUGGCGGCUCUGUUCUUCGUAUGCUGCAUUUUUCUUCUCCCGCUCAUUCAUUCUCAAUCCAAAGGUUUAACAACAGGACUUUUAUUUGGGGCUCGUACGUGCAUCACAGCAACCUUCACCAUUGUAUAUAUAUAUGCCCCAGAGGUAUACCCAACAACGGUUAGGACCACGGGAUUCGGAAUUGCGAGCUCAGUGGCAAGAGUUGGGGGGAUUGUGUGCCCUAUAGUUGCAGUUGGGCUGAUACAUGGAUGCCAUCAGACACUGGCCAUCUGGCUGUUUGAGUUUGUCAUCUUCAUAUCGGGCGUUUGUGUGAUCUUUUUCCCCUUUGAGACAAAGGGCCGUGAGCUGAAUGACAAGAUGCCUACUACAAACAGAGAAAGUGCAGUUGAGAUUCAUUAAAUAAUUUAUUACUGACUAAUAUAGUGCCAAAAUCAUCCACAUAUAAUUGCAUCCAUGUAUACAUCAAUACAUAUAUACAACUACCUUUGGUUCUUGUGUCGAAUAAGCGCUUACCUUGUAUAGUCAGUUACUUGUACGAGGAUUUGAUUAGCUCAUUUGGGCAGUCUGCUUAGCUAUAUUGUUACUCCAAUAAGCUUUACAUGGAUAAGAAGGAUAAGGUUCUGGGAUUCAAUAAUGCUGAAACCUACGAUAAGAUCUUGAAAUAUUUCUUUCUAAACAUUGUAACAUUUCAUAACAUAGUGCAUUGCUAUAAAGGUACUGCAUUGUACGUUUAAUGAUGUACUCC